UUCCUCAUUGUUUAGGCCACAGCGCCAUGUUCCGGGAAUGACAAGCAGGCAGACGUAUUCACCAACAGUCAGCUAAAAUAGGACGGAAUAGGUUUAGGACUAACUAAUUGACAACGGUGCCCUAAGGAUACGAGAAAUAAAGGUGGAUGAAGUGGAGCCAGGCUGCAUUCGAGGGUGAUCCCUCAGCGGCCAUGAUGGCAGGUAGACAUAUACCUCACCCCACACCUCCCCAGCCCAUCAGACCUCAGUUGCAGGUGCAGGGCCAGUAUAUGGAAUAUGGCAGAUCACUUGCUCGUUCUCAAGAUGAUGAGCAAGUGAAUUAUUUUUACCAACGACCCCAUAACGACAACGACUUUGCCUACCAGAAGGGGCAUCGAUGGGCAGUUGGAGAUGAUUCUGUCAUCGAUGUAAGUAGAGAGAAGUGGGUGAAUGGCAGCGUGAUGUAUAAUGAACUGGAAAAUGGUGGAGAGCAGUUUACCGCAAUGAGGAGGGUUAGCAGACGAGUGGAAUACGGACAGCAGAUUGCGCCUGCGAAAAAGUUAUGGGGAGUGGAAGAGGGAAAGGCAGACAAUAAGGGAAUAUUCAACAUAGGAGAGGCGUCUUGGAGAGAAGCAACAUGGAGCACAGGCACAGGUCAUGCCACUGGUCCACACCAUCACGGUGUGGGCCAGAGUCACGGGUUAGGUAUGGGCGUAGGACAGAGGGGUCAUGGGCGACCACAGUUCCCUGGGGGCGACUCCGUGUUAUCACCACGCGCCACUGACCACACUGGAGUCGGCCUCAAGAUGGUCGAAUACGUCCUGGCCUCCUCACCCACCGGGAAGGAUCUCGACGCCCGCAUGGCCAACCUCGCCCUCAGAAACGGAGGUGUGGACAGUACCAAGGACAAGAAAGAUAAGGCUCCUUCACCUUUUGACUCCGCGAAAAAGGAUGUAGAGAACGGCAACGCCCCACAGGCAAACGGAAUAGUACAGAACGGACUCGACGACGACAAAACUUUUAAUGUGUUGCAAUCUCACAGCCGGACGCCGGGGAGCAGACAGGGAUCGCCGUCGGAAGAAGACCUCAACAAAAACGGCAUGGUACCGGGCGUAGGUGUCAAAGAACCUGAGUUGGUGGGCGGUGGCGUGGUGAUGGGCGGCCCUGGAGCACAAGUUUUAGGACAUCUCGAUCAUUCGGGGUUCGACGGCGUGGGCGGCGGAGCUGUGGGCGGCAUGGGUGGCCCUGCAGGCAUGUUAGACCCAAGCAUGAGCGGUGCGGGCGGACCCUUCUCCUCUCCUGCAGGACCUGACUACAACAAUAUGGCCACCAGCAUGCCCAUGGACUCUCCUACCUUACUGCCCGCCCCAGGGGGACCUCAGCCACAGAACUUUACAGACAGUCAGCAGUUGUUCCGAAAUGCUCAGCAACAACAACAACAGGGAGGGCCCAACCACCAGCAGAUCCAACUACUCGCCCAACAGCAGUACUUGGCCGCACAAGCUGCCCAACAGCAGGGUCUGGCAGCACCACCAGCAGCCUUUAGUGCACCUUACGUGAUCAAUGCUCAGGAGCCAUAUGUGGGCACACUUAUUACUGGUCCAACAGCAGUGAUUCCUCAGUACUAUGGGGUGCACUGGGGUGUAUAUCCAGCGAAUAUAAUCCAGCAACAAGGCCCAGGUGGUCAACCACGACGACCAAUUUCUCCAUCUCAAACUAGUGAGGUUACCAGUCAAAGUAAUGGUAACUUGGCUGCAUCAGCUGCAGCAGCAGCAGGCAACAUGCAGGGUCCACUUUCUCAGUACCAGCAGGUAAUCCCGGCUUACUAUGACCAAAAUGGCACAGUAUUGAUGGGUAAUCUCCGAGGUGUUGGUAAUGGAGCUCCAGUUCGGUUGGUCUCUCCUGCGCCGGUCCUUAUCAAUGGUGCCAAUGGUGCCCAGGCUGCUGCUGCCAAUAACAUGCGCCUCCUAGGCAACCAGGCCCCUCAAAUUGGAACACCACCAGCCUCUCUCUACAAUAACAGCCAGACUCCGAGCCUCAACAGCAGCCAAACCUUCACUGGGAGCACACUCGCUGAUUCCCUAUCGCAAGGCCUGCAGACUUCCAAUGCACUAACAGGCAACAACUACUCGUUGGGUCUGCAAACUAGUAGUCUAGGUUUUGGCAAUAGCACCCUGGGCACCAUUGGAUCCCCUGCUAUUGGCAAUUUAGGUGGUGGUUUGGGCAGCAGCAGUAUGGGUCGUCGUGAUUCUCUUGACCGCACCACAUCAGUUUUAUCCCCACUCUCUCAAGAUUUUCGAAGUGCUAAAUGGACUAGCAAUUAUGGAGCUUUAGGAACUGUAACAGCAUCUCCUGGACCAAUUGGUCUCACCUCAGGUAGUCUUACUCCACCACCCAGCUUGAGUAAUACCUCCUCAGCAUUGCCCCUUGGAGCUCUCAUGUCUGGAAAUCGUGUCAUUUCGGCUGCACCUGGAGCAGAGGCCAAGUUCCGCAAUGGCUCCACCAAUGGCAUGUUCAACUCGGGUGGACCAUCAUCUUUAUUCCCACCAUUAAAGCGAAAUUUGAGUUUGGACAAAUGCACUGGUCGUUCACGCCUUCUGGAGGAUUUUCGCAACAACCGCUUUCCGAAUCUCCAACUAAGAGACUUGGCCAACCAUAUUGUGGAGUUCAGCCAAGAUCAACAUGGCUCAAGGUUUAUUCAGCAGAAAUUAGAACGAGCAACACCAGCUGAAAAACAAAUGGUCUUCAACGAAAUUUUGACAGCAGCUUACUCUCUUAUGACAGAUGUUUUUGGGAAUUACGUAAUCCAAAAGUUCUUCGAAUUUGGCACACCCGAUCAGAAAACUGUAUUGGCAAACAAGAUUCGUGGUCAUGUCUUACCUCUAGCGUUGCAGAUGUAUGGAUGUCGCGUUAUUCAGAAGGCAUUGGAAUGCAUUACUCAAGACCAACAGAAGGAUAUUGUUCGCGAGCUUGAUGGUCAUGUACUGAAGUGCGUUAAGGACCAAAAUGGCAACCAUGUUGUGCAGAAGUGCAUUGAGUGCGUGGACCCAAUGGCCUUACAGUUCAUCAUAAAUGCCUUCCAGGGGCAAGUGUUCACGCUGUCAACACACCCAUAUGGCUGUCGUGUAAUCCAACGCAUUUUGGAGCAUUGCACUGGUGACCAAACAUCUCCUGUGUUAGAGGAAUUACAUCAACAUACAGAACAGCUUCUACAAGAUCAGUAUGGUAAUUACGUCAUCCAGCAUGUGCUAGAACAUGGCAAACCAGAGGACAAGAGUAAAAUUGUGGGUGUGGUCCGAGGAGGAGUCCUGAAACUAUCUCAGCACAAAUUUGCCUCAAAUGUUGUUGAGAAAUGUGUAACGCAUGCCACCCGCGCUGAGAGGGCCAUGCUCAUUGAGGAGGUAAACGUGUGUGGUUACAGUGACAAUUCUCACAGCUCACUUCUUGUAUUAAUGAAGGACCAGUAUGCCAACUAUGUGGUGCAGAAGAUGAUUGAUGUAGCUGAACCUGCUCAGCGGAAGAUGCUUAUGCACAAGAUCCGCCCACACAUUUCCACCCUACGCAAAUAUACGUAUGGUAAACACAUUUUGGCCAAACUGGAGAAAUACUUCAUAAAGAAUGCCCCUGACACUAUGGGUCCCAGUAUGACAAGUCCCCUUUAAGCUGCCCUCACCACAGCUCGACCACCGCUUGCCACAUGCCACUGCUCCAACAAGGGAAAAUGCUAACAUUUUUUUUUUCCCCUGAAAAUUUUUUACAACUUUUUAAGCACGCAGUUUAUCUUUAAGAUACUGUCAGUGGUGUGAAGCACAUAUGUUAGCUAUAGUGAUGUUAUCAAUUAUACAUGAUCUGAUGUGUAUAAUGAUUUUUUUUUUCUUAAAACCUUAUUGAUUAAAUGAAUGGAAGUAAAGGUUUUUAUAAAAAUUAAUUUGAAACACAUUAUCAAGGAGCAUAAUCAGUGAAAUCUGAUUGCAUAUAAUACAGGAGAUCAUAUGUUUGUUUUCUCUCCCAUGAAUGAACCUUAAGUGAAGGUAAUUUAUCAGUUACAGAUACUUGAGUUCCUAGUUAUUUUUACACUGUAAAAAUCUAGGAUGACCAAAUCUUUUAUUUUAAACCUUAAAUAUGAUAGAUGGACUUGGACAUUUUCUACUUGAUUUUAUUUAUCCCAAGUUAAGCUCUUGUUACAGACAAGCAUAUCUUUCAUUACAAAUUUGAUGGUAACUUACCACAUAUCCCUUGAUCUGUCAGGUCUUAAAAAUGGGGGAAUAUUUCUUUGUAACAAUUUAAUACAUAUAUGAUUUUUGUUGUGAGAAUUCAAAGGCCAUUGAAAAAAUUAAUGUUAAUUCAAACUUAUUUUGGUGUGCCCUUAAUGCAUAGUAACUAUUCAGCUAGGCUCUUGUAGUGUGAUAGAGCAUGUUAUUCAUUAUUGUGGGCUUGUGGCUAUUUGCAUGAUUUUGCUGUAGUGAGCUUUUCCCAUAUAUAUCAAAUUUGAAUCUUAGAUAUAUAUAUACCUGUUUGCCACUUUUUACCCAAUUGGUAAAUGUUGUUACCUAACGUUGUAUUGCUCUUUCUUUCAUAUUAGUAGUGGUGUGUAAUGUUAGUAUUUAGAAGCUGUGUUUGCCUCAGUAGAGCAAACAUUGUACUUCUCAAGUGAUUAAAGCAGAGCAUGGAAGGCACCCCAUAUCUGAACACAAGCAAAGGUAAAGACAAAUCAUGAAGAAUUAUAUGUUCCCAGUAUCUGGCACUCAUGCACUGUAGAAUGGUAAGCACAGGUGUAGUCAGGUUGGAGCUGUUAGAAGCCAGUUCCUAAGAUUGACAAAGAUCCAUUGAAAACUUAUAUUGCUUUUUGUUCUUUGAGGUCCACAAUGGAAGUGGUUGGUGUUAUAAAGUGGAUGAUGUGGGAGGUGCCUACCCUGGCCCGUGUCCCGAUAACGGUGCGGGACUCUGCCCUCGUCCAGCCAAUGGGUCAUCUCGGCCUAGUGCACUGUAAAAUUUGAUGUACAUUGUAUCAACUGGUAUAUAUAAAGCAAUUUCAAUAUGUAAUAUUGGGCAUUACUGUAAAUCUGUACAGUCGAAUAUUCUAUAUUUUCUUACUUGUUUGUGUGUUUGUAAUGUCAGUGUGAUAAUACCACCACUAAAUCCGGCACAAUUGUGGCAAGUCAUGCCUGUGUGUUAGUAGACUGGUGUCUGGAUCAUCAUACAUUGUAAAAAUUUCAGUUGAACACUCACCAACCUUUUGUCUCACCAGCUGCAAACCAUUAGGACACUGGCACUUACACUGCAUUUUGAAGAUCCCACAUGACUGCUGUAAUUCCUUUCAAGGUUUUUAGCCUGUCAUUUGCAGUGCACUCACCUGGGGCUGGCAUUCAUGAGGAUGAGGAGGUGGAAAUAGCCUUUUCACCAUCAACAGAAUACUGUAUGUACAUUUCAGUGGUUUCUCCUCCGUUACUCUUGUAGCUGGCCACCAGGUCUAAAUAGCCCAGCUUUCUGGGUUAAAACCAUUAUUCUGCUUAAAUUCUCUUGGACCUGUAUGCAGACUGAACCAAGUGGCUUUUUUCCUUUGCACUGGGAAAUGUGCUUUACUGGUUUAUGAGAAUGAAGAGCAGUGUUAAUAGCUGUUAAUCUUGUAUCUUUGUAUCCCUGUACUUGAGCUCUUGCAGGCUGGAACAGGCCCAUGUGUUUAUACUGUAGAGCUCCUGCCCUUGCCAAAAGACCUAACAUUGUCAAAUUGUAAAUUCUGUGAAUAUUAUUGAAUUUUUUUGUGAGGCCAAUAUUGCGGCUUGUAAUGUAACAUUUUGUAAUAAAUUAGUGUACAGAAAAUGCUGAUGUGUACAUUUGGAACAUGUACCUUUUGUAAACGCCAUAUUGUACAGAGCACAUGGUGAUAUACUUCUGAGCUGUGUUACUGCUGUAUAGUAAAUUGUACAUACUGAUUAUGAAGCAAGAUCUUAGCUUGGCCUGUACCUGCCUGUUGAGCACUAGUUGUAUAUUACAUAUGUAGAUGUAAUUUUCUUGUAAACUGUAUUUUGUAUAUGUCCUAAGCUAACAGUAGUUGGUGUAAUAUUUACUGUCUUGAUCUCACAGUUCCUGCGGGGAAGAUGUGAAAUGUAAAAAUUUUGGUCCUUUUAUGCCUUGCUUGUAGUCUGCCAUCUUGGUUUGGGUCUUCACUCAUAGUUCAUAUUUACAGUUUUAAUCUGCCUUAGAUCUAAGUAGCAUAAAUUAAAAUUAAAACAUUUUCACUCUUCUCCAUGGAAAUGCUCUCUCCACCAAAUUGGCUCCUUGGUUCUGUAAUUAACUAGGUAAAACAUAAUGUCAUUAAAUAAUGUACUUGAAUUCAGAGUUGAUUAGGGGACCCAGUUGUCAAAACUGUACAUCUAUGUACAUUUUCAUAUUUGUAACCUUUGUUUGCCUUAGAUGUAGACGGACAUGGUCCUUUGACCCAAUUUUUGGCACUAGCUUCUCUCUUUGAAGUUUUUUAUUGUGUUCAUAUAUUCAUUCAAACUAUGUAAUCUUGUUCAGACUUCACAUUAAUUUGUUAAUGUUGAAGUGUUUGCACCAUGUCUGUUGAUAUUAGCAGUUAUUAAACAGUUUCGUGUAAUUUUUGUAUUGUUUGUAUUAGUGUAGUUAGCCUAGAGGUGUGCUAAUUGGCUGCGGGGCUUGCUUCCCCCUGACACGGCAAUUCUUGUGGUUCUCAAUUCUAAAGUUUUCAUUUCUUAUUUUCCCCUUAAUUAUUGUCUUCUCAUCCAAACUUCUAUCACUUGUUAUACCUUUCAUUGUACGAACAAGCUUUCUCUUUAACACAUAUAUCCACUGUUGCCAGAUCAGGGAAACAGUCCCUCAAGCCUUAACGCUAAACCUUGUCAUCCAGGCCACACUAGCGUGUACGUAGGACGUUUUCAACUGUAUUAUAUGUAAAAAUGUAUCUUAUACAAUAUGUAUAAAAUGGAGUGAUGCAUUCCAUCUGAACAUCCAAGGUUUUCUACCAAUGUGGAAAGGUGAACAGUUUGAUGGCCAACCGCUCCAGUUAGCUAUCCUCUGCCAGCAUUGUUUCUAGAGUUGUUACUGUUACUGGCCAGGGUGGAGGUAUGGCUUAGCCUCAGUAGCCCUUCUCUGUGCCCCCCUCCUGCCGUAAUCCCCGGCCACCCCACAACAACUUACGGCUCUCAGUGCUACCCCUUUUGGCCUGAAUCACGUGAAUCCUGCAAGUUGUAGACACAAACUAGAUUCCUUGCUCCAGCACUCGGUAAUCAUUAUUAUCAACAAUAAAUCUACAGCUUCUACAUCACCUACUUUACCAAAAUCUCUUUUUCUUACUGAUGUUAUCAGUAGAUCAAUUUCAAACCCUAACCUAAUAUGAAACCCACAUGAAGAUCAAGAGACAGUGCCUUGCCACUACUGCUUGUUAGCGAGGAGCGUGGAGAAUGGCAGAAUAGAGAGGGUGUCCUCCUGUAUGGAGGGUGGGGCUGGGCCAACCAAAAACCGCGUGGGCUGGCGCGGGCUGGUUGCAGCUCCUUCGAGGUGCUGCUGUACAAUCUUUUGUGAUCAUUAACUUGAGGCAGGAUUAUUUUUGUUAAUCUUUUACAUAUGUUUACUAUUCUCUUUAGACUAUUAACUUGCACUGAACAAGAUUUAACCUUGUCAGUUGUCCUAAUUAUUUUCACACAUUCUUCUGAAAGGUUCUCAAUCCAUUAUUUCUUACAUUUUCUGUCUGCACUUGUAUUUUUUUUGUCUAUAUAUAUAUAUAUAUAUAUGUGUCUCCCUGGACUCGUUGUGUGACCAGCCCAGCGUUCUUAACUUCUCACCAAUUUAUCAGUUCUGUGAUGUACAUGCUGUAUCAUAUGUAAUGGUCUACUCCAUUAAUAAACUUUCUGUAAUGUGAAA